GUUCACUCGUUUGCGUAUAUUAGCUUCAUCACCUCAGCGCACCUUGCAUUUACCAUCUGUAAGCAGAUGUCCGCGUAGAACAUUCUUCCAGUCUUUCGUCGCAAGAAAGGAUGAAUUUUUGGAGGCGGACGCCGAAGAUGAUGCCAUUGGCGAGGCUAUUCUAGAGGGCCUCAACCUACCAGGCGAUGCCGAAACCUCUCGAACUCCUUCAUACGAAGACUGGAUAGCAGGUGCCGGUCACAAGUACCGUGAUCCCGCGCCACGGAAUUGGCUUAGCUCUGGAACGCCAUUUCCUCUCAACCAAUCAUUCCGUCCCCCUCCACCUGUUUCGGAUGCUUUACGCACUCAUAUCUAUUUUUCUUACAUGGCUGAUCCCGAGGCUAAUUCGGUACGCGCUCUGGCUGCCAAACAUCAUCUCAGCAUCAAACGUAUUGAUGCCAUUCUGCGACUGAAAGGUUUAGAAGAAUCGUGGAAAAAGGAUGGUAAAUCCGUACAGACAGGUUUUGUACAAGGCAUGGAGAGUAUUCUUGGCGUGCCUCAAACCAAGGUUUUUACCACCUUGGAAUCGAAGCCUGUGCCCGUGCAGUACGAUACCAACAAGCAGAUGGUCAAAACAGAUAGUGAUAGGUACGACGCAGUGGAGGCUGAUCGAGAAGACGAAGAAGCCGGUGGCUUCGACUGGGCGCGACAAAGAUACCAGCGGAUGUUUUGGGAGACCGUGCCUGAGGGCAAGGACCCAGUCAUGCCAGGCAUUUUGGAUGCUGCCACCAAAUCAGCCAGUGCUAUUUCUGAGAACAAGACAAAGGCGACUAUCGUCGAACGUCCUGGACGCCCAGCAAUCAAAUUCGUUGAUGUUGGCAACAUGUUCGUAGAUGUCAAAGAGCAGGAGCGCCGUGUCAAGGAGAGCGAGCGCAGGGCGAAGGUUCGAUCUCGAAGAAAAGACCGCCAAUGGAUGGCCAAUUGACGUGGGACAUCGUUCUCUUUCCGUCAUUGACAUGGGCAUUCGUUUGAUUUGUAGAUCUAUUUUAUACAUACGACCAAUAAUAUAGUGCGACGGUCAUGAUUUGCAUGUGCUACUUGUCCGCUUUUCAUUAUCAUAUGAAUUUAUCACGAGACGCUCUAUAGUCUUGACAAGUUGUCAAAAUAAAUUGCAGCUAACUACUGUCGAA